UGCGGAAGAAGAAGGAGGAGGAACUCGACUUCUUCUUCGGGUUCUGCCUGUCCAGCUCAACAAAGACAGGACCAGGAGACAAAGACGUUGGAGGUUUUUUUUAGGACACUAUCGGGACGCCGUUUGGCCCAAAAUGGUUUUCUGUUCUUACUGCGUCCAAACUGAGGUGAUCGCCCUUAAAACGUGUCUCCACUGCGAGGCUUCCUUGUGUGAGGAGCAUCUGAAGAUACACAGUAAGUCCACCGACCAUGUCCUAAUCGAACCCACCGCCUCCGUACAGGACUGGAAAUGCUCUACCCACCACAAACUCAUUGAGUUUUACUGUAACAAGGAUGGAGCUUAUAUCUGCGUAUCUUGCUGUAUCAUUGGAGACCACAGGGGUCAUGCAAUGGACCCCCUGAAGGACGCUCUUGAGAAGAGGAAGGCGGCGCUUAAAGAGAUGGUGGACAAUCUGAACUCCGCCGGCGAAGAAUCUGAGAAAAGGCUUGAAAAUCUGCAAAGAAAAAAGAGAGAAGUCCAGGAAAAAGCAGCUGGGGUUACAGAGAGAGUCGCUGCCCUGUUCAGCGCCAUCAGAGAACGUCUGGAUGAGCUGGAGAAACAAGCCUUCGGCGAGAUCUCCAGACAGGAGGAACGGUCAACGCUUCCGGUCACCGUCUUGACCAGGCAGCUCGAAAUAAGGAAAGAAGAGCUGUCCAAGAAGACGAACCUCAUGGAGGAGCUGAGGAACAUCAAAGAUCCGUUAGCAGCCCUGAAGAAAAGCUUUAACGUGGAGGAGAAACCCACCGGGUCCCGGAAGAACAGUAGAAGAGAUAGAGAAGCCAACUUGACUUGCUGUCUGAAUGAGGUUCCAGUCUCGCUCGUCUUACACGUGGGCCUUCAGAGCCUCGCCGGCCAGCUUCUCCCGCUGAAGGCCGAGCAGCACUUUCCUGAGCUGGAGCCCUCAGACGUUUCCCUGGACGUGAAGACAGCUCACAAAAAAAUAAUCGUGUCCGGCGACCUGAAGUCCGCCACUUAUUCCGCCGUAUCGCAGAAGUAUCCAGACGGACCAGAGAGGUUCAAAGCGCGCCAGGUGCUCAACACGUCGGCGUUCACGUCGGGGAGGCAUUACUACGAAGUCGACGUCAGCGAGGCGGCGAGUUGGAUCAUCGGGGUCGCUUACCAAAGCAUAGAAAGGAAAGGCGCCGGAAACAAAUCCUUUAUCGGAUACAACGACAAGUCGUGGGGUCUAUUCUUCCAGAAUUAUCUCGGAAUCUCUCACAACAACAUCCAGCAAGCCGUGGUCUCGGGGUCCCCGGUGCGGACCGUCGGGGUCUUCCUGGAUUACGAGGCGGGUCAGCUCUCCUUCUAUCAGCUGGGAGAGCAGAUGCUGCAUUUACACACAUUCACUGCCACCUUCACCGAGCCUCUCUACGCGGCGUUCUACAUAUUUGACAACAGCCGCAUACGUAUCAGACAUUAACCCCUUAAUGACAAAGCCCGUACAUGCAUGGGCUCAAAAUGCAUUGUUUUCAAUGGGUUUAGGGACCGCCCAUUGUCCUUAAGGGGGUUCAAAAAAUAAGGGUUUGGAUCGAUCACGUUUUUUAUACAACCAAGUACACAUCAAGCAAUUCAAGGUUAGUCUCACAGAAGAUAAUGCGAAAGAUGUAGAAAUUAAGUGAGUUUUGAUCCUAAAAUGCAUAACCUUACAUUUAUAUACGUUGAAGCCUAUCAGCCAGAUACUGGUUUAGUUUCACAGUUUGCUCCUGAAUCUGAGACGAGCCCAAGAACUGAUUAAGGUUUGAGUCUUUACAGCAUGAAAAAGGGGCAGACUAGACGGGGGCCGGAUGGGGCCGAUCUGCCGGCAGAUUCUAUGUUUCUAUUGCCAUUAAUUACUAAA